UGUGACUAAAAAGGGAAGGGGCCCGAUCCCAAGUAGAACUGCAGAGAAAAACAAGUCUGUUCCAGAGACGAUAAGAACCAGUGCAGAUGGCUGUGUGAUUAACUGUGUGAUUAACUGGACCUGUAACUACUCAUGUAUAAAUAUACUGCCUGUGCACAAUAUAAUUGAGUGGGACCGCGAGGAGCUGGAACAAGGAACAGGUCCAAUUGCCUCUGAGGCAACAAACAACGACGGUGGUUCAGAACCAGAUUGUGGCGCAGAAACAACUCGGAGAAUGAACGACGGUGGGGGGAGCUCCACAACAUCGGAGAGCGAUGAACUGGUUUUCUAUGUUAAUGGACACAAGGUGGUGGAGAGGAAUGUGGACCCUGAACUCAACCUGAUAACCUACCUGAGGAGGAAAUUGGGCCUGACGGGGACCAAGCUCGGCUGUGGAGAGGGAGGAUGCGGCUCCUGCACCGUGAUGGCCUCCAAGUACAACGCCCUCCAGGGGAAGAUCGAACACAUUGCCAUCAACGCCUGCCUGGCCCCCCUCUGCUCUCUCCACCGCACCGCCAUCACCACCGUGGAGGGGAUCGGGAGCACCGCCACUCGGCUCCAUCCAGUCCAGGAGCGCAUCGCAAAGGCCCACGGCAGCCAGUGUGGAUUCUGCACCCCCGGGAUGGUCAUGUCCAUGUACACCUUGCUACGGAACCACCUCAACCCCACGCUGGAGGACAUCGAAGACACUCUCCAAGGAAACCUGUGUCGCUGCACGGGCUACCGACCCAUCGUGGAGGGAUACCGCACCUUUGCCCAGACAUCGAGCUGCUGUGGAGGAGCUGGUGUUGACGGGAGAUGCUGCAAGGAGCUGUCGGGAGAGAAAUCACCCAAACUCUUCGAAUCGUCCGAGUUCCUGCCUCUGGAUCCCACUCAGGAGCCCAUCUUCCCUCCGCAACUGGCACUUUGUGAAUCUCCUCGGAGUACGUUGGUCUUCAGAGGGGAGAGGGUCACCUGGAUUCAGCCCACAACCCUGGAGGAGCUGCUGGCCCUGAAGACCAAACACCCUGAGGCCAGGCUGGUUGUUGGCAACACGGAAGUGGGCAUCGAGAUGAAGCUGAAGAACAUGUUGUAUCCGGUGAUUCUGGCCCCGGCUCACAUCCCAGAACUGAACUUCACCCGGCUCACGGAUACAGGGAUCGUGUUCGGGGCAGCGUGCAGCCUGAGCCACGUGGGGGACGUGUUGAAGGAAGCGGCGCGCGGACUCCCCGGUUACAGGACGGAGAUCUUCAGGGCCGUGUUGGAGCAGCUGCGCUGGUUUGCCGGGCCACAGAUCCGCAAUGUGGCGGCCGUUGGAGGGAACAUCAUGACGGCUAGCCCAAUCUCGGACCUCAACCCUCUGUUUGUGGCCUCAGGAUGUCUCCUCACCCUGGCCUCCUCAGGGACGACCAGGGUGAUGAAGAUGGACGGAGCUUUCUUUACCGGCUACAGGAAGACGGCCGUAUCGCCACAGGAGGUGCUGCUGACUGUGGAGAUCCCCUUCACUAGGAAGGGUGAGUACUGCUCAGCGUACAAACAGGCCCAGCGUCGGGAGGAUGACAUUGCCAUAGUGAACGGUGGGAUGCGAGUUGCCUUCAGGGAGGGCAGCAGUGUGGUGGAGGAGAUGGGGCUGAGCUACGGAGGCAUGGGGCCCACAACCGUGUCAGCAGAGAGGUCCUGUCGGCAGCUUAUCGGCAGACGGUGGAACGCCGAGCUUCUCCAUGACGGCUGCUCACUGCUCGUGUCCGAGCUCGCACUCUCUCCCUCUGCUCCCGGUGGGAUGGUGCAGUUCCGACGGACCCUCAGCCUCAGCUUCUUCUUCAAGUUCUACCUCAGCGUCCUCCAGAAACUGGGACAAGACUUCCAGGAGGCUUUUCAAGUUGAACCCGUCUUACCGGAAUACGUCAGUGCCACCGAGUUAUUCCACAAGGAACCCCCCUCGUCUGUGCAACUGUUCCAGGGAGCACCUCCUGACCAGGUCUCCUCGGACAUGGUUGGCCAGCCUCUGCCGCAUCUGUCCAGCUUCCAGCAGGCCACGGGGGAGGCUAUUUACUGCGAUGACCUGCCACGCCUGGAGAGGGAGCUGUACCUGGCUCUGGUGACCAGCACAGAAGCUCACGCCCAGAUCAGUUCCAUUGACAGCAGCCAAGCUCUGCAGAUGGCUGGAGUCACCUGUUUCCUCACCGCCAAGGACAUCCCAGGCAGCAACGUGACGGGACACAUCGCACUGGACGAGACGGUGUUUGCUGAUGGUGUGGUCACGUGUGUGGGUCACAUCAUUGGGGCAGUCGUUGCCGAUACAGAAGCUCAUGCCCAGAGGGCAGCAAAGGCCGUCAAGGUCACCUACACAAAGCUGGAGCCCAUCAUCACCAUACAGGAGGCCAUCAGCCACAGUUCGUACCACAUUCCGCCCCUCAAGCUUGAGAAUGGAGACAUCGAAAGCGGAUUUGAACAAGCCGAUGACAUCAUUGAGGGGGAAAUGCACGUUGGAGGCCAGGAGCACUUCUACCUGGAGACCCAGUGCACAGUGGCGGUGCCCAGGGGUGAAGACGGAGAGAUGGAGAUCUUCUCAUCAACACAGGCCCCAUCACAGACACAGAUUCUUGUUGCCAAGGCACUCGGGGUCCCUGCCAACAGGAUUGUGUGUCGAGUGAAGCGUCUCGGAGGGGGCUUUGGCGGGAAGGCGUCACGCAGCACGUUGCUGGCGACGGUGGUGGCAGUCGCUGCCCACAAGACCAAGUGCCCCGUGCGAUGUGCACUCAGUCGUGAUGUGGACAUGUUGGUGACCGGAGGAAGGAAUCCUUUCCUGGGACGUUACAAGGUGGGGUUCCUGAAGAGUGGGGAAAUCGUGGCUGUGGACCAGACACUUUACUGCAAUGCAGGAAAUAGCCUGGAUCUGUCAUCUUCCAUCUUGACGGUGGCACUGUUCCACAUGAGCAACGCUUACAAGAUCCCCAACAUCCGGGGAGUUGGCCACGUCUGCAAGACCAACCUGCCUUCCAACACGGCCUUCCGGGGAUUCGGGGGCCCUCAGGGAAUGCUGAUCGCUGAGACCUGGAUGGACGCUGUUAUCCGGAAAAGCGGACUACCUGCAGAUCAGGUGCGGAGGUUGAACCUGUACAAAGAGGGAGACAUCAGCCACUUCAGCCAAAAGAUGGAAGACGUAAACAUUGGGAAAUGUUGGGAUGAAUGUGUGGAGAGCUCGUCCUACCACAGCAGGAGGAAAGCGGUGGAUGAAUUUAACAGGCAGCAUCGCUGGAAGAAGAGGGGGCUGGCGUUAAUCCCCACCAUCUUUGGAAUUAGCUUCUCCCAAACCUUCUUCAAUCAGGCGGCAGCUUUGGUUCACAUUUACACUGACGGCUCGGUGCUCCUGACCCACGGAGGCACGGAAAUGGGCCAAGGGCUCCACACCAAGAUGGUGCAGGUUGCUAGUAAAGUGCUGGGAAUUCCAGUUUCCCGGCUACACAUCUGUGAGACAAGCACCAAUACGGUUCCGAACACAAGCCCAACUGCAGCCUCUGUCAGCUCCGAUAUGAACGGAAUGGCAAUUAAGAUUGCGUGUCAGACUCUUCUGGAAAGAUUGGAGCCAUUUAAAUCAGCCAAUCCAACAGGAAGCUGGGAGCAGUGGGUCUCCUCGGCGUACAUGGGAAGAGUGGGUCUGUCAGCGACGGGAUUUUACAGGACUCCUGAUCUGAACCACAAUUGGAAAGAGAACAGGGGAAGACCUUACAAUUACUUCACUUAUGGCGUGGCCAGCUCAGAGGUAGAAGUUGACUGUCUCACCGGGGACCACAAGAACCUGCGCACGGAUAUUGUCAUGGACGUGGGUCUGAGCCUGAACCCAGCGGUGGACAUCGGGCAGGUGGAAGGAGCCUUUGCCCAGGGUCUGGGUCUCUUCACUCUGGAGGAGUUGCGCUAUUCUCCGGAUGGAGUUCUGUACACACGGGGUCCGGGCACCUACAAGAUCCCGACGGCUGGCGACAUUCCUGCCCGGUUCAACGUGUCCCUGCUUCGGGAAGCUCCCAACAAGAAAGCCAUCUAUUCAUCCAAGGCCGUCGGAGAGCCCCCUCUGUUUCUUGCCGCCUCCAUAUUCUUUGCCAUCAAGGAUGCCGUGGCCGCCACCAGGACUGGGACCGGAGUCACGGAGCCGUUCCGUCUAGACAGCCCGGCCUCGCCAGACAGGAUACGACUCGCCUGCACCGACUUCCUCACCCAGAUGUGCCCACCAGCGGAACCGGGAACCUUUACUCCUUGGAACGUUGAGGUGUAGCCCGAGCUGAAUAAUCAGUGAAUAAGGGAGCGUCUGAUGGUGAUGUAGCUGCUCUCCCUCCUCGGCAGCAGAGGCUUGUCGUUUAUCCGAACUCUUCCACGUCUGCCAAAAUCUUCAUCCACAACCCGCGAGCUCUCCAGCAGAGGUUCUAGAGCGGCACGGUGGCGCAGCUGUAGAGUUGCUGCCUUACAGCGUCAGGCAUUGCAAGAGCAUAAGUAAAGAGCACAGGACUACAUCACUACAGAUAAUAUGAAAUUAUUGGUCUUUGAGAUGGUUGAUAAAUGGUCCCAAAACACUUAAAAAGUUGUUGGGUACCUUGGAGUUGUGGAAGCGUAUCCUUUCCAUCUGUAUGACUAUUAUCAUUUAAUUGAGCCAUUUUUUGAAGCAGGGGGGUGUGGAUAAUUUCCAGUCUGUUAGGAUCAUUUUCUUGGCUGCCACCAUACCAAGCAUCAGUGCUUGGUGUUCUUCAGACGUGAAGUACAAAGCAGUCUCUGAGCAUCCAAAAAGUGCCAGCUCUGGAUCAGGGGGAAUAUCUUUUCCAUAAACCGCAGAGAACCAUUUAAAUAUUCCAGACCAGUAUCUUUGUACUGUAUAUGAGGACAGAGCCAGAAAAUGUGUGUUAAAGAACCAUCUGCACCUUUGCAUCUGUCACAUAAUGGAGAAAUAGCUGGGUAGAUUCGAUGUAAUUUGGUCUUUGAGUAAUGGAGUCUGUGGAU